AUGAUCUCAAUCACAUCCGUCUUAGCCACCCUCAAGUUUCGGUUCUGUUGUGGAAGCACCCAAGAGUUUUGUAGUUGUCGAAUUUUAGAGGAAUUGAGGCUUCGUCUGGAGAUUGGCCAGACAACCAUGACGAUUCCUGCGUACCCCAUCGCUGCCACCCAACAGCUCGGCACUGCGUCUUGUUCUGCUGCUGCUACUAGCAGCAACACCACCAGCAAUACUGGACUACUGGAUCUACCCCUUGACACCAUCUGCACCAUUCUCCACCGCUUGCAACCCAAGGAUCUCAUCGCCGCGUCGCUGACGUGUCGCACAUUGAACGGGCUCAUCGACCAGCCCAACACGUGGCUGACGCUCUGCCGGAAGUGGGAGGGCCAGCUGGCGCUCAGUGAUUGGCUCGUGCACGCGAACUCGGCGAAAUGCCUGUUUCGCCUGUUACACACCCUGAGUCCCCUGGUGGGGAUGUGGGCGGCGGAGGAUCUCGCUCCCAGGGGGGGCCUGCUAUACGUCACAUGGGAGCGCAUGGCGGUUGUCGCUUAUCGAAUCAUCCCCGAUUGGCUUGACGGCAAUCUCAUCUCCGCGCGCCUCUUCACCAUCUCCGCCUUCCCCGACGGCACGACGCAGCUCAGCCUGGUCACGGGAAGGGGCGCGGACGACGAGUUUCCGCUCGAGCUGCCCGGCGUGCUCGUCUGGGAGUCCCCCGCGCGCGCAAAAUUUCACCUGCAGACGCUCCUCCCGCCGUCGUCCCGCACCCCCGCGAGCUUCGCCGCGUCGCCUUUCGCCAAGGUUGCUGGUAACCGGGUGUCGUCGCCACCGGCGGCGGCGCCGCUGAAGGGCGCCGUCGCAGGGCCGUCGUCCGCGUCCGCGCUGUCGUCGCUGGGCGCUGCGGAGAGGCUCAAGGCGACGUUUCAGCGAGCUGGUCUGGGCCGAUAUGCCGCUACAGCCGGUCCGCUCUCAUCCGUGCUCCCGUCUGCUACAGCUUCCGCUUCUACAGCCGUGCCUCCUUCCGCGAUUCGCGCAGCCACGCCUUCUUUACCCCCGCGACCCCCCUCGAGCCGAUCCGCUGGCAGCGGUGGCCUCGCCGCCAGUCAGCAACGGUUCAGCCAAUCAGGACUCAGCAUCGGCGCCGCUAACAUCCACAAAGGGGGAUGCGUCAGUCCCACGGGGAAGGAGGAGCAAAGCUCGAAGCGCCUUCAGCUGCGCGCUCUGCAGUAUCUGACUGGAUUGAAACAAGAUCGUGGGAGCUCGUCCAUGGAAAGUUCGUCGAAGGCAGCCGCGACGGUUCCAUCCAAGCGUGCUCGAUCCGAGUGUGAUAACAAUGAGGUCUCGCCUGACGAAUCUAGAAGGUUACGGUCGCGCAUGGAAGCAACAAGAGAGACACGCGCCGGUAGUGGUGACGUUGCGGUUACCAGCGGGGCUGCGGCGUUUUCUCCCCCGCAAGUGGCUUUUUCUGCUUCCCGCGGUGCUUCCGCCGCGGGGAGUUCCACCUCUGCUGUGCCUUCCGCCUCUGUUGUUCCUUCCGCCAGCAGCGCGGAGUGGUCGCUGAAGCGGCGAGCGAUUGGCGCACUUCAAUACGCGGACGAAUCACCCUGCCUUGGCGCACGCAUGGGGGCUGGCGGAGGGGCCUUUGCGGGAUUCGGCGGAAGCUCCAGCGGAAAGGGUGGGAAUGUGUUCGGGCAGCAAAAAGCGAGCCAGCAAACGUCGGAAUGGUCGGACGGGCAGACGAAAAGGGUACCUGUGCCGAAGUCCACCUAUAAUCGCGUGCUUGUUGCGGGAGAGACUCAGACGAGCGAAUCAGCGUCAAGAGGAGGCGACGCGGACACCUCGGGAACGGAUUCAUGCAGAUCUCGUCUGCCCACGUGGGUGCGAGAUCUCGAGGGCCUCUGGACAGGCGUGUUUGGACAACACGGGGUUGAGAUUCUGAACGUUGCGGUUGAGAACGGCGAAAUUGUUGCUACGAAAAUCGUUGGAGAUCCCAAUGUUCCCGGAGGGCAUGUGUCGUUCAAGGCUCGGAUCGACUCGGUGCAAACAGCUGCUGACGAGAGUGACCGGUGGAAUGAAGUGGUGGGCCAAGCGAGGAGUCUGAUCCAGGUGCAAGGCCAAGGAGCAGAUCCUGCUCUGGGACAUCAGCUUCAGUUCUCAAACAUGUUGGAAGGGGAAGGAAGAAUAGCAGACUACAACUUCAAGAACCCUCAAUGGGUUGCAAUGGCGUCCGCAACUGUCGCCAGCAUUUCCGCGCCAGCGUCCGCUGUCAUAAAGUGUCAAACCUCGGAGCGGAGGUCCCUUAUCGCUUCCACUUCCCUCGUGGCACGGCGGCUUCCGUCUGUUAACCUCCAAUGCCGAUCCGCUUUGAGAAGACCCACCCAGAUAAACGCAAUGCUUGGCGGAGGUGACAACAAGACUGAGAAGAAGAAAUUCAUUACUGCAGCGGAGGAGCCUGAUGAAUAUUGGCAGAGUGCUUCGGAAAGAGAGGGAAAAGGCCCCAUGAGCACAGUUCUCCCUUACAUCGCCAUUUUCGGGCUCCUGACACCCUUCAUUAUUCUCGGAAUUGCCUUUGCCAGUGGCUGGAUCGACGUUCCAGCCAGGUGA